AUGGCGUUCAAGCAAGAUGAGUCCAAGCUCGUAUCCAUCUUCAUCCAAACCCUUCUUUACGGCGUGUAUGUCGCUACUUUUUCGCUGACUCACUGGGUACUCGUCCACCGGCGUACAGCGGGAGAGACGAUCAAGCGUACAAUGAUGGGAAUUUCCCUCACCAUGUUUGUUCUUGCUACUAUGCAUAUCGGCGUGAACUUCGCUCGAGUAUUCAUGGCAUUCAUCAAAUACAGGGAUGAACCCGGCGGCCCCGCCGUCUUCUUCGACCAGCUUUCGGAGUUUACGCAAAUCUUUGGCACUGCCAUAUACGUUGCACAAACUUUAGUGGGCGACGCGGUUGUGCUCCUGCGAUGUUAUAUUGUGUGGGAGCGGCGGUGGUACGUUGCGGGGUUCCCACUCAUUCUCCUCUUAGGCAGUACCGCUUCAGGGAUUGGCAUUCUUUACACCUUUGCUCGAGUCACCCCACAUGCUCAAAUAUUUGCUAUCGAGCUUCAGAAUUGGAUAGUGUCGUUUUUCUCCCUGACUCUCGCUACUAACUUGAUAUGUACCGCACUGGUUGCAUCCCGGGUCUGGUAUAUUAACCGCUCUAGUAAGCUAUUUUCAAACAAGAGCUUGACUCCUGUGGUCCUCCUGGUCAUCGAGUCCGGAGCGAUAUAUUCAGCGACGCUCAUCGCCUUGCUUAUUCUCUACAAAGUCGAGUCAUGGUUCCAAUACGUUCUUUUGGAUGCAAUAUCUCCCAUCGUCGGACUCGUAUUCUCCAUGAUCAUCAUCCGCAUCGGCCUUGGUAUCAUCCUACCCAACGGACAGACACGAUUCUCAGCUGCUCAGUCGGCGACCCUUCGGUUCCAUCCCAUCGACGAACUUGAGAGUCGAACUGGCAGCGUUCCCUCCCAUGCCACUCGCGAAGUCGAGCCACACGGUGCGAAGCCAUCGCUCUUUGUUCGAGAGAUACCAGAAGGCUUGGAAUUGGAUGCUAUGGAUAUUGAGGCAAACCACCUAAACAAACCGCAGUCGAGUAUGUAA